GCGCCUUUCCUGUAUGACGCCCAUCGCGAGGAUUCGAGGUUCCCGACAACCACCUUCGACCCGAAAGCCAUUACUCGCGCCAGCUGGGAGCCCAAGCCGAAGAAAAAGCCCACUCCAAAGGGGCCUAUGGUGUCAUUUGAUCUUCACCCUGACUACCAUGUAAUUCUACCACACCGAAGAGACAAUUAUACCCCCCUGGACCGCCGCGCCAAGGUUUACAUCACAUGGCUGCGUCGAAUCCAACUCGCGCUGCGAGUGCUGCAGCUAAUCGCCGGCAUUGGCGUGUUGGUUCUCUUUUCAUUGUUCACAGGCGUUGACAACACCACCUCUUGGGCAAUGAGAAUUCUACAAGCCGUAACAAUCGCUCACGCUGCCUACGCUAUAUGGCACCUUUCACGAGACGCAGGGGGCAGGACACCAGCAUCCUCGGCCGCGUACCAGUUUUCUGCUAUAUUUGCGGACACGGGAUCCGUGGUUGGAUAUACUCUAGGAGCGCUUACCGUGCACAAGAAUGCCGCCACCUGGGGGAUCGUUCUCAGCAACAAGGAUAUUCUACCCGUUUUCACUCUCGCGGUAUUCUAUGCGGCGAUUGGUGCUGGUAGCACACACGUACUCACGCUCUUUUCUUGCGCUUGGUUGGGAUGGAUGUUCCGCAAGAUUACCUUGUUGCCGCCGGAUAUGAACCCGCUCGAAGACAAUUUGACGGCCCGGCCUCUGCACAAGCGAAACAAGUCGUCUUUAUCCACUGUAAGCACCGCUUACGAAACCGACAAGCCGUGGCUGGAAAGCCGGCGCAAUUCGGCGAGCGUCUAUGACGGUAUCCCAGAGCGUGUCUCUGUUUCGUUCAUGCACACGAGGACGGAAUCUCGCGACUCUGGGAUAAGUAUGGGAUCUCGAGCCGCUGCUUCGCCUGAGCGCAAGAAGGCCCCGCUUAGAUAUCUGCCGCGCGCCUCAUAUCCAAGUUCAUAUACUUCAGUCCCCUCUGGCGAACCAGAGCCAAUGUCACCGCGGGUCAGCGACACACUUAGGAAUGUCGCUGCCGAGGCCAGGAGGCCAGCGUCUGGAUCAUCGCGAACAAAUCAGCCCCAACAAGGCGCGACUAAUGCGGCGCGUUCCCACCGCUCUGCAGGCUCCAAGUCGUAUGCUGCGCUCUCUCAGCCCUACAGCAUGGGCGGAAUUUCGUCCGAUUCGGAUUCUGAGCAGGAGGAUACCUUGGGCGACAUCCUUCGGAAAAAAGGUCGGCUGGGCGUCACACACCCCAAGCCUCUAACGUCGAAUCCAAUUCUGCCGAGGCCGCUGAAUACUCGUCGCGGCCAGAUUGACGAUGCAGCUCAAUACGACACCGUCUCCGAUGAGUAUGAGGAGCCCCCCAGUUGGGCAAGUCAAGAUAAUGCCAAUGACCGGCUGCAGCCGAAUGUGCAAUCCCAGCGUUAUCGAGACAGCUCCAUCCAGCUGGAUAGCCACUUUGACACGAGGCUGCCAGGAGGAGAUGAGGCCUCGGCAGGCCCAGCCGCACUCGGUGGCGGCCGCAAAGUUUCGUCCGGAAACGACUACUGGCUGAAGAGCUCAGCUGCUCAUGAGCGACGACGAGUGAGCGGGAAGAUGGCCGAAGAGGGCAGGGCA